UUAGAACAGGCAACUAGUUGGACGGACUCUCAGGAUCUCCGCGCCGAGGGUCACGAAGGACCGCUCCUCCCUGCCCUCCCGGUCUUGUCCCUGUCGCGUCGCGCGGAGUUCUAGGGAUUCGGCGUGUCUGGAUUGUGUGUUUUGCUCUUCGUGGCCUCGCUAGUAGCAUCCCAGCUAAUCCCCCCCCACCUCCGACCCACUUUUCUGCGAAUAUGUUUGUACCCUGCGGCGACUCGGCCCCCAACCUCAAGGGGUUCACGCUCCUGAUGCCAGCAGUAUCUGUUGGAAAUGUUGGUCAACUUGCAAUAGAUCUGAUUAUUUCUACACUGGACAUGUGUAAGAUUGGUUACUUCUAUACUGAUUGCCUUGUACCAAUGGUUGGAAAUGACCCAUAUGCCACUGCAGAAGAAAAUUCAACAGAGCUCAGUAUAAAUGCUGAAGUAUAUUCAUUACCUUCAAAGAAGCUGGUGGUCCUUCAGAUAAGAUCUAUUUUUAUUAAGUUUAAAUCAAAGUCAUUUUGUGAAAAGCUGCUUUCCUGGGUGAAAAAUAGUGACUUUGCCAAAGUCAUUGUUCUUUCAAGCAGUCAUUCAUCUCACUGUGAUGAUCUACAGCUUGGUGGUACUCCCUUUAGGUACCUAUAUACACCUUCUAUGCAAAAAAAUGUUCAAAAUAAAAUCAAGAGCCUUAACUGGAGAGAAAUGGAAUCAAGCCCAUGCAUUCCUGAGAUAGAGGAUUCUGAACCUUGUAUCCGUAUCCCUGGAGGGGGCAUCACAAAGACACUCUAUGAUGAAAGCUGUUCUAAAGAAAUCCCUAUGGUGAUCCUGCUAAAAUUUGUUUCAGAAGGUGACAAUAUCCCCGAUGCAUUAGAUCUUGUUGAAUAUCUUAAUGAGUGGCUUUACAUAAUCAAACGAUCUUGUGAAGAUAACCACACACGAUCUGCCUUGCGUUGGAAAAUACCCAGUUCCUGGAGGUUACUAUUUGGCAGUGGCCUACCUCCUGCACUUUUUUGAUCUUUUUUUUACCAUAUGUCCCAAAAUGCUUAUUCCCAACAUAACUGGUAAACAAGUCAUACUGUAUGAGGCUGCACUGGGGGGGAGACUUUACUUUUCUUAGGAAAUAUAAAAGUGAAAUAACAAAAUAGAUUUCAUCAAUGGAAAACUCAGUUUCUUUUGCCAUAUUUUUAUCAUGUAAAAUAAAUGUAAAUUUUGUAUAAUAAAAUAUCUCCUUAGUAA